GCGCGCUACUCCCUCUCCACACCGCCUCACCUUUAAACCGGAGCAGCUUUAUAAGUGAAACAAACGUUAAAGUCGGAUACUUUUCUCUACUUCUCAACCUGGACUGUAAAGACGUCGAUACUACGGGGAGCAAGUUAUAAAAUAGUAUUGUCCAGCUAAUAUCAGAACUGAACGUCCACGAAACACAACCAGCCGCCCUCAGACCCACACCUGGACACAUCUGGCAGAGCGCUGCUGUGUGUUUUGGAGCAGCAAACGGACAUUUCCACACGUGUUAGCGUCUUUUUCGACCGAUUCAGUGACUUUUGAAGCCCCCAAACAUCAUCAGAGUGGAGGCGUCAGCAGGCAUCAUCAGAGUGGAGGCGUCGUGCGUUGGACAGAGCAAGUAGGCGAGAUGGCUGCAGAAACCGUUUUAAGAACACACUUUUGACACAUUUUUGGAAGCAGAGUUUCGAGUUAAUUCACCCAGUUUUCAGCCAUGACCAACGCAGAUGUUGAACUGUGCCACAAUAAGCACGACAUUGACUCCACCACGAGCCCGCUGAUCAGCGCCGUCAUGUUCGGUGCAGGCAUCUUUGGCAACGUGGCUGCCCUGGUGAUCCUGGAAAUCCGGCGGCGUAGAAACACGAGGACAGGGGAAACGCGGCGGCAUUCGUUGUUUCACGUCCUCAUCACAUCGCUGGUGGUCACGGACCUGGCAGGGACCUGCCUGGUCAGUCCGCUGGUGCAGUGGUCGUAUUCACAUAACACUACCUUGGUGGGGAUGUCACCUGACACUAGAAGUGUGUGUUGGUACUUUGGUGUCACCAUGACCUUCUUCAGCCUGGCCACCAUGUUGCUUCUCUUCACUAUGGCACUAGAGAGAUCCGUUGCCAUUGGGUACCCGUACCUGUACAGCCGGCACGUCACCAAGAAAUGUGCCUAUAUCACAAUCCCCUUGGUGUUUUUUUUGUGCAUGUUAUUCUGUCUCCUCCCUUUUGCGGGAUUUGGGAAGAUUGUACAAUACUGCCCCGGCACAUGGUGCUUCAUUGACAUGAACCCGGCGGAAAGUAAGCAAAAGGUGUACGCCACCCUGUAUGCCACUAUUAUGCUGGUGCUGGUUCUGGCUAUCGUGGCUUGCAACGGUUUUGUGGUGUACCAGCUGUUCAGGAUGUACCAACGUCGGAAGAGGAACUGCGGCUCGGUGAUGGCGAACACGAGAUCCAACAGCGAACGCAGGGUGAUGUCCAUGGCGGAGGAGGUGGAGCAUCUCAUCCUGCUGGUCUUCAUGACCAUCAUCUUCAUCAUGUGCACACUUCCCCUGGUGGUAAGAUGA